AUGUCGUCUAAAGAAAUUGAUGUUGUGAGUGUAGAUGAAUUCGAUCCUCGGCGUGCAUUGGGCCUUUGGCAUAUUCUUGCGACCAAUCUUGAUAUGUGGAAAACUAAACUAGCACCAACAAUCACAUAUUCGAUUCACGAUGAAUUACCCGAUGGUCGUAUUCGUAUUAAUGAUCUUGUUGAAUAUUAUACAAAACGACUUUUUGCUGGUUUUGCACCGGCAAGUAUUAAAGGCAUUGACACGCAAUCAGCAAAUAAGCCAAGUCGUUUUCAAUGGCGAGGAAAUGGUCUAUUGAAAUUAUUUACCAGUGACUUUGGCAUUAUUUUUGUCGAUAAUGAAACACCUGCGAGUCAACCGUAUCAAUGGAUUGGAACUAUGUUUAGUUCUACAUUGUUUACACAUGCUGGAGUUGAUUUAAUGACACAAUAUUUAACACAAAAACAAGAACUACACGAUGAACAAAUUCGUAUUGCAUCCGAGAACGGUACACUUCAAACUUGCGAUUGCUGUUGUGAUGAUCAAUUGCUUGAUGAUGAUAUGAUUAGUUGUGACAAUAAUCAUCGAUUCUGCCAAACAUGUAUACGGAAUUAUAUUGAAACUGGUUUUAUAACAAAUGGUGAAUGCUUUUUUACGUGCUUGAAUCCAACAUGUAAAUAUGAAUAUUCAACAUCACUAAUGAAUCAAUUACUUGCACCGACACUUUUCUCUCGUUUACUGAUUAAAAUUCAACAAGAAGAAUUACGUUUAGCAAAUAUCCAGAAUUUCGAACAAUGCAGAUAUUGUACAUUUGGGACAAUUAUUGAUGAUCCUCAUGAACGUGUCUUUAGAUGUUUAAAUCAAGAAUGUUUGAAAGAAACAUGCCGUGCUUGUGGUGAACCGAAUCAUAUUCCAUUACGAUGUGAUGAAGUUGAAAAGAAAGAUGAAUUAGAUAUGAGAACAUUUAUUGAAAAUCGGGUUUCGGAAGCAAUGAUUCGAGUUUGUUAUAAAUGUAAACAACGAUUUUAUAAACUUGAAGGUUGUAAUAAAAUGACAUGUGCUUGUGGUGCUUCUAUGUGUUAUGUUUGUCGUCAGCCGAUUAAAGGUUAUGAACAUUUUAAUAAUAAUGACAAAUGUGGAGCUAAUAUGGAUGCUAUCAAACUACAUCAAGAAGAAAUGCGUUUAGCCUAUGAAGAGGCGAAAAAGGUUUAUGUCGAACGACAUCCAGAAACAAGAGAUUUAGUACUUAAAUAUGAUCCACAACAACAUAUUGAUGGAAAACCACCGAAGGAUACAAGAAAGCCGAAGCGUCGCCGACGUUGA